GGUGACAGUUGCUCAUGCUACUCUGUGAGCAUUUGUUUGUUGGUCCACUUUCUUGUCUAGUCAACAUUCGAAUCUUCUGCAUAAGACAUCAGCUGCUGCCUGAGUUCUGCUUUCACCAGCUUCCAGAAAACGCAAACAUAACAAAUUGGCGUCACAAACAGGAUCUCAGACGUGAUGCCACGAGGCUCAACCACAACAACGUGCGUUGGCUGCAAAGCAGUGAUUGCUGUGGCCACCAAGACCUGCAAGUCUUGCCAGUCCGAGCAGCCCAGAAAGCUGAGACUGGCAAAAAAACUACAAAGGUUUGAAGCAAUAAAAGAGGGCUGGCUGGAAAACCAAAAGAAAAACAAAACCACCUCUCAUGUUAUUGAUGAGGCAUCUGUUUUGCUUGAAAAAUUGCACACGUUGGGGCACAGGGCUGUUAUGUUCCACGCGAAACCAGGGAAAACGCCUGCCGCCUGGUUCACUCGUGUCCUACAGCCCAAAUGGCAGCUGUCUGAUCAGGCUGAAAAAUGCCUUGAUAUGAUGAAGGCCCUAUAUGAGGUGCUAAUCCAUGAUUGGAGUAAUCAGCAUCCCUCCACUCACCAACCCUCCACCAUCCCUGCAAACCAGCCCCCCACCAUCCAACCGACCACUACUCCUCUCAACCAACCCUCCACCAGUCCUGACAUGCAGCCUCCGAGUGACAAGUCUGCACAGAAGAAAAGGAGGAAGAACAAAGAAGGUUUAACUGGAGAAUGCAACAAUUCAGUCAGUGGAGGAGAGAAGUAUCACCCAGUGAAGAGGGUACUGAAAAGCAAACGGCUGAAGGGGAAUGUGAUGAAAUUGAUGGAGUAGGUGCCCUGUUCCAUGUGUGGGAAGAUGUGGCCUUUGCAAGGUGGCAAAGGACAACACCAGGGGUCGACACGCAUGCACACAACACACACAUGCUUUUUUAGGUGGGGAAUGUUUACACCUCUUGAAUUAGAUCCAUAAUCUAUCAUCGAUUGGUAAUAUCAAAUACAAGGAAUAAUAUUACCGCUCACUGAACGACACAACGCAUGGCUGAUGAUUCAAACAACAUGUAACUAUGUGUACGACAAACAACAAUAAGGAAUCCUAAAUGUUUCUGGCGAGACCUAAAAAACUAUUUGUGAUAACUAAUAAAAUAAAGAUCAUAGGCAUGGACUGGUUGACGAUUGAGAAGGUAAACGGCACAUUUCUCACUAGAAGUGUUAUAAAAACGUAUUUAAAUGCCCAAACUAUGUUAAAAUAUGACGUUUUUAUCUGAAAAUACAAGGAAUGUCGGCCAUUUUUCAUUUUUGCAGACGGCAACUUGGGUCACGUGAUGUGGGCACAGGUCAAUGGAAAACAACAGGCAGACGAAAACUUAGUCAUCUCCCAAUUUGAGAGCCCUGAUUGUGAGAUGACCUUGUUUGCCCAGUGGACCCAGUCCGGUAGCUAUUACACAUUUUGAGAUGAGACUCGCAGGCUUACAUCCUUUCGACCAGGCAAACGGAUGUAUACACUGUGACUGCCGGCUAUUGUCCAUUGUUAAUAUCAACUGACAGUGGUAAGUUGGCCAGGUCCUGCAAGCAACAGGGGGACAACAAAAGAUUGAAAGUAAAAGACAAAGGGCUGUAAAAGUAUUAUAAGAGUUCCUGGAAUUCAGAGCCAGGCCAGCUGAGGAAAAUGGUGUGGUUUCAUCAGAACACUGAGAUAAUUUUAAGUUGGAGAACUGUGGCUUCUAUUUUUGAAAGCAAAUUGAAUUAUUAAUAAUAAGGAAGAUGGUACUGAGGUACUGGUACACAAGCUCAGGUACUGCAAUGUUUUUUUAGUAGUACAUCUGGAGGAUGUGCUGCCCUUUAAGCAAGGUGGGUUACGAAGAGGAAAUGAAUGAGUGCUUCUGAAGGGAUAUCAAACAAAUAAGACUAAUCUGAAAAUGAAUGUAUUCACAUUACUUUCAUGUCCUUCCACAAUAAAGACUGUUGGUCAUCAUUUCCAGCAUCAGUUGAAAGCAUCAACUUCAUCAUGUGGACUGGCAUAAAUCCAGAUCUAAUAACAUGCCUAAUUCCUAAUAAUUAGAAGUCACUUCCAGUGCCAGUUGAUUUUUUUUAUCCUCUAAUCAAAUCUGGCGUAAUUGAUCUUAAUCCCAAACAUUUUGUGUCCGGUCUAUCCUAUUGUAUUUGAUUAAUUGGAUUUGUCCCACAUCACCAGGCUGCUGGAACGCCCUCCUCCAUCCACAGUCUGUCGCGUUAAAUUAGGACUGGAGGGAAGGGGGUGGGGGUUUGCCAGAUCAGCUGAUGUCUGUGGCUCUGUAUAAUAAAUGUUGCAACACCUUAAUAAAAUGUCGGAAAAACUAUCAAACUGAUUCACGCGUUUAUUCGUUUCGAAAUCCUUCAGGAAAACAAUGAGCCUAACAUACUGUAUCACUUUUAGAUGAUGCUUUGGGUGAUUUUACUGCUUUAUUUUCCCAGCACAUAUUUCAGUGUUGAAACGCUCCAAUUAAAUGAAUCAUCUGUUAAAACAGCCUUAUCCUCUCAAUAAAGACCUUGGGGGUCGUCUCUGGAGGUCACAGCACAGGGAACUGACAGAGAUCCAGGCUCCCAGCUGGUCUCAGACCCCC